UCUGCGCUAAGACAUCUCUCUCUCUUCCCCACAAGCUUCCAAAGAAAGAGAAUGAAUGGAAAGUGAGAUUUACAAGAAUUGUUGGACUUAUGGAUGGUUGAUAUUUAGAGAAGGAGAGAGCAAAUGAGAAAAACCCUUAUCCGUUGGGUGGCUUCGGUUGAUGAGAAAGUGGUCUACAAUUAUUCGCAGGGUAGAUCCGUCGUCGUCGUCCCAAUAUAAAGGAUCUCGAUUCCGAUACAUAUAUCCAUGGGUUGUAUGGAGAUAGAGAUCAGGUACAACAAGAACAGCCAUAGUCGUGGAUCGCCGGAGAAGUCACCGGAGGGUUAUGCUAAAGCAAUAUGACCAUGCUUCCUGCUGCAACUCAUCACGACCUCUCAAAACAAGAUCAGCAACAACAGAGUUAUGGUGGAUUUCGCAGACUUGAAGUUGAAGGCUAUUAUUAUAAUCAGAAUAUUUGCAGGGAAUCUGAGUUAUUAGGAUCGGACAUGGGUGAGGAUGAUCAAUCCAGAAGUAACAGUGCGAGUGCAGGUGGAUCGAAAGGGAAUAAUAAUCAGAUUAAUCAGCAAGAGCAAGAGACUAGGGAUGAAGGAUGGCUUCAAUUAAGCAUAGGACGUCAAAGAGAAGGUGAGGAAUUAGGAGGCUCAUCUUCGCCGGUGGUGCUCGACCUGCUUCCUCAUUCCAAUUCCCAGCCGUGCAGGCCGCCGCUCCUGCUGCCGCUGCCGCCACCUCAGCUCGGUGGUUCCGUUGCGCCGCUUUUGAAUUUCAGCCACCCACAACUACUACCAGUACAACCUCCUCCGUCGUCGCCUCCUCCUCCUCCACCACCCUCUAAUCUUCUCUUCCAACAAUUCCAAUAUCCUCACAGUGCUUCAGCCUUUGCUCCUCAUCUUUCACACUCAAACUGGGCAUUCGCUCCUGCUAGCCCUUUUACUUUGCCUUCUUCUUCGUCUUCUUCUUCUUUUCCUCUGAGCUCUCAUCAUCUUGCUGCUUCUUAUUUUCCGAGGCCCUUUCACUUCCCUCCUGGCUUUGACGAUGCUUCAGCUGGUCCAAGCUCUGAUGUUAGAGUUGUCGAUCCUCCUCGGAGGCCUCAUUCCGGAAUUUGGUUCAUGCUUCAAGCCUCCCCAAAUCAAGCCAAAGAACCGUUCUUGCCCCAAAUACCCAAGAGCUACCUCAGAAUCAAGGAUGGAAAGAUGACGAUUCGAUUAUUACUGAAGUAUUUGGUUAACAAGUUGAGGCUCCAAAGCGAAUCUGAGAUAGAGAUAAGAUGUAGAGGACAACAACUUGGGCCUUUAUUGACGUUGGAGCAUGUAAGAGAUAACAUUUGGAGUCCCAUGAUGACCCCAACUUUGCUUUCAGAUUCCUCAACCACGGAUCACAUCAUGGUUCUCUACUACGAUGGAAAUUACAGAAUGGGAAUCAUCACCCUGCAACACGGUUGUUUUCUUUUUGGGGGUGACGCGAGAAAGCCCAAGAUUGUAUUUCUGUGCUCAGUAUUCAAGUGUUUUACCUUGUAUUAAUUACCCACAACAAAGAUUAAUCUAAUUAACAGACUAACCCAUUUAUUUUUCUUU